CAGGAGGAGGAGGCAUAGGUGUCGUAUGCUUGCACUUCCCAGUUCCUGCUUGCGGUUAAAUGGGUCCUUUCUACUCUUAUUACGAAAGUGGAACUGUGAUUAGCUUUGCUUUUUACAGCGUGGCGGCAAUGCGAAGGAAAAGCUAAAGUGAAGCAAAAUGUACAUGGCCCUGGUGUCAUUUUGGGAUUCUAAUGUUAAGUCACAGUGUUUUUGUCUAUGCACGAGGGGAGCUUGCUACUUUCUGAUAGAUAGUGACAUCCACACUUGUUAAAUCUAAUUACUACAUAAGCCUUUCUCAUUAACAAUUAUCUGCCACCCAAUUAUUUUUCAACGAGAGAGAGAGAGAGAGAGAUGGAAAGCAAAGGAGCAAAGCCUGAAUUCAAGAAAGGUUUGUGGAAACCAGAGGAGGACUUGAUCCUGAAAACAUAUGUAGAGACUCACGGUGAAGGCAACUGGUCAGCUGUGUCUAAGAGAUCAGGUUUGAUGAGAUGUGGGAAGAGUUGCAGAUUACGAUGGAAGAAUUAUCUAAGACCCAAUAUUAUACGAGGUGGGAUGUCCCAAGAUGAAGAAGACAUGAUAAUUAGAAUGCAUAAGCUUCUUGGCAACCGGUGGACACUUAUAGCCGGUCGACUUCCUGGUCGGACGGACAACGAUGUGAAAAACUACUGGAAUACCCAUUUAAACAAGAGAUGCCCUAUAAGAAAAAGAAAAACCAUCGACUCCAAACCUGACCAGAACGACAAUAACACCAAGAAGCAGUACAGAAGCAAGAGAAUCCGUUCACUAAGCAAUUCUCAGCCCACUUGCAACACGAGUCCAAUAGGCAGCACUGAAGAAUUGGAAGGGAAGAACCAAGAGAAAGAAGAGAGAAGUGCUGUGAUCAGUGAUGCAUGGAUACAACAAGAUGCGCAGAGCAUGAACUCUUGCAUAGAAUCUCCAAUGGUGUUCCACAACAAUGCUGCCUUUUUCUUUGAAGAUGAGCCUUUCCUAACCUACUGUGAUUCCUUUGAUAUGUUUGAAUCAUUAGGCUGUGGUAGUGACUACUGGUAAGAAGACAUAUUUACAGGUAGUCGCGCAAUCAAUCAUGCCACAGUUUAUGAUAUCAGACUCCAAGCAUGAUGUCCCUGCACUCUGCACCUGAGAUGAUCGCUUCUAAUUAAAAAGUAAUAGUUGUGAUUUCUCCGUGGGACAGGAAAAGCUGUGCUCUUUCCUGCACUGUUGAGGAUUAUUCAAUGGAUUCUAAUAUAUAUAUAUAUAUAUAUAUAAGCACCUACCUACCUAUAAUUAUGUUUCAAACAGAUGUAAGGCAAUAUGCCGGUGGCUCUUCCUGUGAUUUCCGCAUGUCGCAUAAAAAUCUAAAGUCCCAUAAAAAAAGAAAAGAAAAAUCAAAACCAUAUUUCACAUGAAAAAAAGAAGAAGAAGAAAGAAUUCACGAAAGUUAAGACCAAGUCGCAUGACACUCAAAAUCAGAAAUCCAUCACCAAACCUCAGAGUUACAUGCAAGUCUCACAAAAAUGAAGACAUCCUCAGAACAGAGCAAUGAAGUUGCAGGUUACAAGGUUAGAGUGAGAUAUAAACUCAAAAAAUUUCCAACACCUCAAACAUUCGUCUCAUCAUCUUUUGGGUGUUUUUUUAAUAUAACA